AUGGCUACAGCGGCGGCGAAAACGAAGAGCUUGGAGAAAGUGAUGGUUGCAACGGCCCGGACGCCCAGUGCCGAAGGGGUCCGAGCGCCUAAAGCGGAUUCAAAGGCCGACGUCCACAGUAAGAGAUCUACUGUAGAGAAAGCCGAAUCACCGGGUGAGUUCGGAAAUUUUUGGUCGCAACUCAGAGAAAAAGGUAAAUAAAAAAGGCAUCCAAAGUGUAACACAUUGAUUCUCUUUGAAUUUGGCAUGCAUACUCUAAAGAGGCCAUGUAUCAAUCCACAAAAGUUUUACUCUAGAUUUCCAUCCGCAGAAAAGAUGUUACUUUUUAUAAGAGAGCACACAGUGUGGGGAGAAUCAGACAGACGAAAAACGUUUUUAGGCUACAAAUUUGUUAACUCCGCUAAGAAAAACCCCUUAUUUCUUCAUGCCUAAAGUAAGAUAUUGGUUUUUGGGGACCUGACAUCCAGGAAGUAUCAAAAAUGUGGCCAAAUGCUUCCCUCUCCAAGUGAAAAAACUCCGAUUUCAAAAGAUUUUUUUGUGAGAGAAAGGAUGCGCCCUUCAAAACGAAGUUUUUUCACUUGGAGAGAUAGCUUUUUGCCACAUUUUUGAUGCUUCGCGGAAGCAAAAUGGUACGUUUUUUGCCACUGGAUCCUCACUGUAAAAACUUCCACCAUUUUUGCAAGUUACAAGCUAAAACUUUCAAAAAUCUAUCGGAAAACGCUAUUCUAAAAACGUGCAAAAUUUGAUCGCGAUUGAAAAACUACAGGGUGGGCCACUCGAAACGGGUAAGUUUUGUCCUUGGAUUUCUCCGCGGAGACUCCGCCGAUUUUCCCGAAAUUUAGAUUUUUCUGUAGCUGAGACCCGCCAUUUUUAACCGGUUGAAUUUGAAAAAAAUAUAUUUUGAAUUGACCUUUCUGUGCCUUCCCAAAGUUUUGAAGAAUUAUUUUCGAGCCGAAACCGCUAAAACUUUGAAAAUUUUUGGAAUGAUUUUCAAUUGACUUUCUCGGACUUGGAAAAUUUUUGGCUUUUUUUGGGGGAAAUCGCGGAGUAAAAAGUUGCUAGUGCUCGCCUUAAACUUGUUUAAAGCAAGUUGAAAGCCACAAGAGGGUUGUUUGUAUUACCAUUAAGGCACGAACAUUCAAAAAAAAAAAAAAUUCAAAAAGAUUGCAAAAGUCCACACAAUUGGCAACGAGCCCCAGCUCCAAGUCAUUGAAGCUUGGAGCCCAGCCCGAUUAAAGAUAGACGAUGUUCACGAUCUGCAAUUCGAGCUGUUCACGACUCUCAUGACUCUCAAAGCUCCUACAAGUUUGUGCUGCGAGAGGAAAUGGGCAUUUCGAACUCAGAUAGAAAUAUUAAUAAUCAGGCCGUUAAAUAAAAUUGUUUUUACGACAAUAUUUUAUGGUUAUCUGACAAGGGAAUGGUCCCAACGAUCCGUGGGAUCCGCAAAUGAAACCUAGAUAUUCUGAAAGAGCAGGUAAAACUUAGUAGGAAUCCGUUUUUUCUACUUGCCGAAUAAGCCUGUGCGACGAGAAAUAUCGUCGAAAAGAUCCGACCAAAAAAUCGAAAGAGAGAAAAGACGAACCGAAAGGCUUUGGAAGGCGUCACCAAAUAGUCUAGUGGAAAAAGUUCCACGCACAAAUCUUUUGGGGGAAGGAGGCCAUGGAGGUUCGAGUCCACCCGGAGCCGGACAUCUCCGGAAUUGAACCUACGUGUUCAUUACUGUAUUCUACAGUUAUACAAAAAAAUUUUUUAUUUGUUUAACCUGUUUUACAAGAUUUUUUGCAUCCGAAGGCGUGGCAAUCACUGGUCAUUACCUCUUUUUAUGAUGACGCCAGGUCCGAAGUUCCAAAGAAGACAAAUUUAUGCAAAUUUAUACCUUCCGGGCAGAAUUUGACAAAAAUAAUUUGGGCAUUUGUUAAACACACGUCCACGGCCAUUUUAAACCAAAAAACUCAAAAUAGGUUUUUUCGUAAAUAUUCACGGGGUCUACACGCUGAUGCAAGGACCCAAAAAUUCUCUUUUCAACUUUUCUUGCAAAAUUUUAUGAAACGCUGAGAUUUUGGCAACAUCCUUUUUGGGAAACCGAAAAAGAUCUGCAAGAGCCUAUACAACCUUCCAGAAUCGAGUAGAAGUGUCUUGAAAAUACCACUAUGUCGACAUCGGGCUUAUCAAAUAUAUUGCCGAAGUGUCAACUUUUCUUAAAAUUUUGCAACAAACCUUGCAAAACAGGUCAAUAAACAAAAAAAUUUUUUUUAUGUAACUGUAGAAUACAGUAGUGAACACGUAGGUUCAAAUCCGGAGAUGUCCGGCUCCGGGUGGACUCGAACCUCCAAAGCCUCCCUCCCCCAAAAGAUUUGUGCGUGGAACUUUUUCCACUAGACCAUUUGGUGACGCCUUCGGAGGCCUUUCGGUUCGUCUUUUCUCUCUUUCGAUUUUUUGGUCGGAUCUUUUCGACGAUAUUUCUCGUCGCACAGGCUUAUUCGGCAAGUAGAAAAAACGGAUUCCUACUAAAUUUUACCUGCUCUUUUAGAAUAUCUAGGUUUCAUUUGUGGAUCCCACGGAUCGUUGGGACCAUUCCCUUGUGAGGUAAAACUUAGAAAAUUUCACCCAAAAACUCGAAAAAGUGACCAAGUUUUCGAAAUCAUUCCAAAAAUUUUCCAAGUUUUAGCGGUUUCGGCCCGAAAAUAAUUCUUCGAAACUUUGGGAAGGCACAGAAAGGUCAAUUCAAAAUAUAUUUUUUUCAAAUUCAACCGGUUAAAAAUGGCGGGUCUCCGCUACAGAAAAGUCUAAAUUUCCUGAAAAUCGGCGGAGUCUCCGCGGAGAAAUCCAAGGAAAAAACUUACCCGUUUCGAGUGGCCCACCCUGUAUUUCCUAUCAGAACAAGAAACUUUAGUCGCCCUUACAAAAAUCCCAUUUUCAGCAAACCACGAAGAGUUCGAAGUGGACUUGUUGGUCCAAAAGCGCAACGAAAACAUUUUGAAAAGGCUCAGAACAAAAAAUGCUGAAGAAGCGGUCCCAAAACAAGAGCCGAAACUGGCUGAUGAAUCCACCCAAUCUUCAGGCGCUUCGGAUCAGAACUCCCGAUUUAACUAUGGAUAUGUGGUCGAGAUCUCGGAUCCCUUCUUCAAUACCACCCAUCAGUAUUUGUUGGGACGGAAAUUGGGAAAAGGAGGAUUUUCGGAAGUAGGCUUAUUGUUGGGAGGAUCUUAAACUUUUUAUUUCAGACCAGUAAAACGUAUCGUUUCAGGUCAGAUUCGCCAAACUUCUUGGUCAUCCCGAUUGCCCUCGCGUUGCCAUGAAAAUUGUGGAUCUGAAAAAGCCCAAAGCCAGUCGAAUCGAACGCCAACCCUAUUGGGAAAUCGAGAUACUCAAAAGAUUGGACCACUCCCAACGAGUCAUCAAGAUAUUCGAGUCGUAAGUUGUCCAUGUCUUCUACAGUAGGAGACCUGAUCCAGUGGCAAAAAACGUACCAUUUUGCAUCCGGGAAGUAUCAAAAAACGUGGCAAAAUACCUCCCUCUCCAACUGAAAAAACUACGUUUUGAAAGGCGCGCCCCUUUUCCUCAUAAAAAGAGCCGCCGCGCUUUUGAAAUCUGAGUUUUUUUUCACUUGGAGAGGAAGGUAUUUUGCCACAUUCUUUGAUACUUCCUGGAUGCAAAAUGGUACGUUUUUUGCCACUGGAUCAGGUCCCCUACUGUAAUUUAGAAAGACCAUCGAAGAUGAUGUCUUGUUCAUGGUAUUAGAACUAGCUGGUCGGAAUCUCGAGCACGUUGCCAGAAAGAAAAUUACAAAUCGCGCUGCCUUCGCGAAGUUUUACUUUCGCUGCUGCGUUAAAUGUGUUUACGACAUUCACCUUGAAGGUGGGUAGCAUAAAAUUAUUUAAAAAUUUGAUCCUUCAGACAUUAUACAUUGCGAUAUCAAACCAGCAAACUUUAUCAAGUGCGGCAGGACCUUGAAAGUGAUCGACUUUGGCUGCGCCACCCCUCUUGGCCCUCUGAAUGAGGCAAUUAUCCGGAAGAAAGCCUUGGGCACCACCAGAUUUAUGUCUCCGGAAUAUCUGAAGGAAAAGAUCGCAUCGAAAGGACUGGAUAUUUGGUCUUUGGGAUGUAUCUUGUACUGGCUUAGCACUGGCCAGAAGAUUUUCAAAGAUCCGAAGGGAGACCUGCGGAAAGUUAUUUGCAACCGACCAGCCGAUUUGAGCGCGAUAAAACAGAGUGAUAUCUUCGAUAUCUUGAAGGUAAGAAGGUUUAGACUCAAACCUGAUGGGGUACCUACUUUCAUAGCAAAUCUUUGACCAUGACCGCAAGAAACGCCCGAGCAGCGAGACCCUUCUUCAACAUCCCUAUCUACAUAGUAAGACCUUGAGCAACCUAUAAAAGUAUUGCUCAGGCAUCGUUUAAACCUCUUUAAAAUUUUAGCGGACGCUUCAUCUUCCACUGGCGGACACACAGAACCACUUGAUGCAAGUUCCCAGGAUUAG